UUUCUCCGACCUAGACAUUCAUUCGCGUUGGCAGCCGCCGGAGCAGCAGUUGGCCCACGGAGGCGCUCUCGUGAAAGUCUCUCUCUCUCUCUCUCUUUCAAUGAAGCCGACACAAUAAGGCUGCAGCUCGAUCUUCUGCAACAAACACACUCACUCGGCGAGAUCCAUCAGCGCAGCAUUUUUCUGUUUCUGCCACACCGAAACAAACAGCGCAGCUCCCAUAUGGACUGGGACGACGUCGUCACCGCCGCGGAGGAAAUCUGGGCUGGAAAUGACCUGCAGCUGGCGGCCGAGCUGGGGAAAACCCUGCUGGAGCGAAACAAAGAGCUGGAGCACACCCUGCGGCAGCAGCAAACGCUAAUCGACGACCAAACACAGGAAAUUGAGUACUUAACGAAACAAACGACAGCGCUGCGAGAAGUGAAUAAUUCAAGACUGAGGAUUUACGAGCAGCUGGAAGUGAGCAUUCAGGAACUUGAAAGGAACAAUCAACGCCUCCACGUCGAAAAUGCCGCGGACAAGAAGCAAAUCAAAAGUCUGUGCCACAGUUUGGACUCGAUGGAGACGCGAUGCGAGGAGCUGAGUCGGCAGUUGGAGGAGGCGCAGGCGGCCGAGCGGCGCCGCCAGACCGCCGCCGCCGCCGCCGCCGCCGCCGCCGCCGCCGCUGCAGCCUCGAACGGCGCCUCCGUGACGGCGACGACGCCGCCCAGUCCGACGAAGGGCGAGGAGCAGGAGGCUCUGGUGACCGAGGUGGCGCAGCUCAGGGCGCAGCAAGGCCGCGAGCAGAAACGCGCUGAAGAGCUCGAGGAGCAGCUCACCCUGUUGAUUCAGGAAAAUGCGGCCCUCGAGGAGCACGUCGCCGCCUUCAAACUGCGAGAGGAACAGCUCAGGAAUUUCGAGGAGGAGAUUACAAACAUGCAGGGCCAACAAAUGUGCUUCCGGUGCAUGAAACAAGGUGGCGGCGGGCUGAGCACGGCCACACCGUCGCUCAUGGACGACGACUUUUCCAGUUCCAUCAUGGAGGACGAGAGCAUUCUUGACGAUGACCUUGACACCGAGGUGCAAUCAAUUGCGUCCGAGACGCAAAACACAGUCUUGUCUGAUAACCCGUACCGAGUGCUGGUGGAAAAGUACGAGGCCCUGCUGAGCAUGCAGCGGCGGCCGUCGAAGCGUUCAGGGACGCCGUCCACCCUGCAGGGCAACCAAACCUGCAGCUCGCCGGCUCCCUCGCUGCACGACGCAGGCAACUGCCUCUCCCUGCAGGAAGAACUGCAGCUCUCGGGAGAGUUUGGCUCACCCGGCGCCCUCGGACUCAGCGAAUUUAGUAAAGUGGAAGAAGGCGAGCCGAAAGACGCGUCAGGCGUGCAGACGGGCUUCUCGGAGGCGGAAACGAACUCGUCCUCUGGCGUGUCGGAGGGCGAGCAGCCGCGACAGCAGCACCGCGCCAGCCAGACGGACCUCAUGUCCGGUGGCGGGAAACUGCUUUGGUCCAUCUCGGCGCCGGCGUCCGAGUGCGUGGUCAGCGUUUACGACGAGUGCGCUGACCCCACCGAGAGCCGCUUCCAAAAGGCGCCAGAGUACAAGGAGCUCUUCAGCGAGAUCUUUAGCGUGCUCAAAACGUCCGUCAGCAAAACAGCCGCAGAAUCAAAAGAAAAAUCAGGUGCCAAGGAGGAGAAGCGGGAGAAGCGCCAGAAGAGUCCGGAGUCGAAGGUGAGCGGCCAGGCGGAGGCGGGAGAGCCGGACGCUGGCACGAUCGAGCCGCUGGACCGGGACGAGCAGCCGAGUCCGAGCAGCGUGCAGUCGGUGGGUCGGGGGCGGCGCUCGCGUCGCUCGAAGGCGCGCGCCAGGGCCGAGCGAAAGGCCGAGCAGCUGCGCCGCAAAGUGCUGGCCCUCACGCCCGAGCAGCUGAGCCAGGAGCGGCAGGCGGCCGCGGCCGCCGCCCCGGGCCCCUCGCUGCCCCCCAGGGAGCACUCGCCGGCCGCCUCCGAGCACAGCCGCCGCGGAGGCGGCACGGGCGGCGGCCGCCACUGGGCGAGACGCGGCCGCCCCCUCGACGCCGCGGCCAUGAUGCCCUGGACGCGGUACCAGCAGGCCGCUCCGGCGCCCCCGGCCGCCCCGAUCCCACCCCCGACGGCCCCCGCCGCCGCCCCCGUCGAGACGCGUCGGCCGCCGCCUGUCGGCUUCACCAGCAUGGCCUCGGCCGACGUGGCCAGGUUGCGCAACCUUGAGAAAAGCUACGCCGAGGUGCUGCGAGCCGGAAUGAAGAAUCGAAAGAAGUGAGCCGCCCCCGGCCGACUCCUCCCAACCGCCCCCAACCCCCUUAGAGACGUCUGUUAAUUGGAAAUCGUCUGAAAAGCGGUAAAAUUGCAAAAAUCUUGAAUUUAAAAUGUCACGGGUCAAUUUUCCGCUGUUCAAACUCAAUUGAGGUCCAGGUUUUUUUCUAAAGCGGUCAUUUUUUUCGGCUUUAAAUGUGUUUGGUUUGCUUAUUGGCAGUUGAAAGCCGUCAAAAUCCUCUUGAAUGCGUGGUUUUACUGGACGAAAUUACCGUUGGCCAGAUUUCCGCGUCAAAAAUUACUCUGGGAUUCUUUUUAGCUAGUAAUAUAUUGAUUGGUUUAAUUUAAAUUGAAUGAUCAGUUGUCCGCAAUGUUCAAUACUGGUAACCAGGAUUAAUUUUCCCCCUUAGGUCAAAUUUCCGCUGUCAUCUGCCAUUUUUCCGCUUGCUACAGUGCUCCAUGGCCAAUUUAACAGCUAACUCGGUUGUGUUUUGGACGAUUUUUCCAGUGUUUUUAAUUACAUUUGCAAUUUUCCCGCCGAUCAAGCGAAUUUUCAGACGAAAAACUGCCCUCCUUCCCUUAUCUCUGCCAUUUUGGCCGCUUCGCAGGCGGUGUCUAUAUCAAAAGACAGUUGAGUUGUCUGCUUCUCACCUUUUCGUCCCAAAGGAGGCAAUUUUAGUGAUAUCUAGCUCAUAGCCAUACGCUAAUUAAUUGAUUCGGGGUUUUUUCCUGCAUUGUUGAGACGUGGCGGCGGCGGCGGAGGAGCGGCUGCGGCGCUUUUUGUCUCUCUGGAGCUGUGCUUUUCAGAUUUUCUUGGGGGAUAUUUCAGUUAGCGUUAAUCCCGCAGUGUAGUCAAGGGUCCACGUUUUCUGAUUGCGCUUCUUAGCACGCGACACGCGACACGCACCUUCCUUUUUAUCAAAUUUUAAUUAUUUUUGAGCUGCUUUUUACUCUGCCCGCAACGAGAUUUAUUCAAAUCUGGAUCUAGUCAAGUUCGUUCGCGAUCCGUUCAGAUUUUUGCAGAAGUUGUUGUUUAUUUUAUUCUUUUACGAAUUGUGUGUGGGUGUCGACAACCUUCUUUCGCUGUGUAUCGAAUAUUUUGUAUUGCGUAUGUUUGUGAUUCAGUGUUUGCACGCGUUACACACGUUUUACUCUCUCUGCAUCGUCCGUCAGAUUACUUGUGAUUUGUUUUUAAACUUUUGGCAGCAUUUCGAAUGACUCUGAUUUGCCCAAGUGAUUUUUUAAUUCGUUAACAAACGCCCGUCUCUUCUCCUCAACGAUAAUGUUCGCGAGGAAAUUAUGAAAAAAAAAAAUAAAAUAUGGCGAUUAUGACAGUAUGUUAUUCUCUAGGCGAUCGUAUUAUACACAAAUAAAGGAGAUGAAAUGGAACAAAA